AUGCAUCAGAAAAUAGACCUCUAUGAGGCACAAGGACUCCAAGUCCUACACCACUCAUCACCUCAAUCUUUGUUGUCUCACAAGUACCCUAAUGAGACCCUGAUCUACCAUGGCUACAUUGGGUGUGCGCCAAUGUAUCCCACAGUUAUUCCUUAUCAGCCAUACUUGUGCAUGCCAUUUUUGGCUGCAUAUGACAUAUAUCUCAAAAUUGUUCAUUCUGUCGAUAAGCAUCUCCGGGCAGCCCUGAAUCACGACACGCCUAACUGGCGUUUACUCAAUUCCUGUCCAGCAUGUUUCUAUAAGCUCCAGGAUGAGCCCACACUUGAGUUUGACUGGCUCGUCUCGAUAGAUGGCAACAAUAGCUUGAAACACUGGAAUUCCACUAUAUAUGGUACAACUGUGUGCAUAGAUUCUCGCAAGGCACGUUCUGACUACUGGAUUGGACCCAUGGCUGUAGACAAAUUCAAGGGUGAAGUUAAAGCUCAGGGAGACUCAAGUCUAGAUGAUUGGGGAGAUGAACCCAUCAAGGCUAAACUGGGCUCACUCACUUGUAAGAUGUUCUCAGUCUUCCAUGAAUCAAGCAUUUUUAUUGCUGCCUGUCAUCAUCAUUUCAUACUCCUGGCCUGCGACAUGAUCCAAAGUGGAGAACUAGCUAAAUAUCCCCUCGUGCUCAUCAAUAAGCUUCUUAUGGUUUAUGGGAAGAAUUGCACUUGCACUUAUGACAUUGGCUGCGUGUUCUCCAAGACCUUAAUGAAUAGCUCCUUAUGCCCAUGA